UUACAAAUUUGUACUCGAAAAAGAAAACACAUUAAAAGUUAUAUCGACAAGCAGCACUUUCAUGCAAAUAUUAAAGAGUCUCUCCUCAAUAUACCAGUAUCACGUUUGAAACACCAUUUCAAACAGCAAUGCUUGAGUGUAACAGAAGGAUAUACAUGUGUUAUAGCAGAUUGUCCUAUAUGUAAUAACAAAAUGACAGAGUCAAAGCUUUAUGUAAAUAAAACAACAGGAUUUUUUAUGUGUAAUAAUUGUAAGUCUGUGGGUACUUGGGAUGUAUUGGAGAAAUUUUUAUCAAUACAAAAGUCAAACGAAAGAUUCAAAGAACUUGAUGUGUUAAGAGCCAGUUGUCAUUUGAAAGAAGACUUUGCACAAAGGUGGAAGGAGGUGAUAGAAAAUUGCCAAAACAUCAUGGACCUAUCUGCAAUGGAAUAUAAACUUCUUCUCAGCAAUUUUUCACUUCCUCAUGUUGCACAAGAGAAUAUGUCCCAGUUAAAUUGUUUUUAUGACAAGACAACGAAUGUGUUGUAUUUUCCAUUGAUAGGCUUCAACAAUUCUGUAGUUGGAUAUAAAUUACUUACAUCCAAUUCACAAGAGGAACAGACAGUUCCUGCCUUUGGAGUUAGUGGAUGUAUUAAAUACAAACAGAGCUAUAGUAAAAAUGAUAAUGUUGCUGUAGUUGUAGGAAUGAUAGAUGAUUUGUUAGCUUUAAUAUUAAAGAAAUGUACACAUACAAUUAUCUGUCUCCCAUAUAAUUUAAGAAAUCUACCACAACAAUUACUGCCAUACAUGGAAUCUUUCAAAAAGUUAAUUUUAUGGUUUGGAAAUGACGAGACAAGUUGGUAUACUGCUAAACACUUUGCAAAAAAACUGAACGAAAAACGAUGUUAUUUUGUUAAACCAAUUGAUUCACAACCUCGGCCAACAUUAGCUGCUGAAAUGGAUUAUGAUUUCAAUAGCAUUCUUCAAAAUGCUCAGCCUGUAUGGCAUGAAAGUAUAAUUACCUUUCAUGAGCUCAAAGAAGACGUUUUAAGUGAUUUAUUAAACAAUGAGAAAGUACAGGGAGUAAAAUGGAAGAAAUAUCCAAUUUUAAACCAAAUCCUAAAAGGUCACAGAAGAGGUGAAUUUACAGUAUUAACUGGACCAACAGGAUGUGGUAAAACAACUUUCAUGAGCGAAUAUUCUCUAGAUUUGGCAAUGCAAGGUGUCAAUACUUUAUGGGGUAGCUUUGAGAUAAGGAAUGUACGAUUAGCAAGAACAAUGUUACAACAAAUGGUGGGUGUACCUUUGAAAGAAAACCUAGAAAAUUUUGAUUUGUAUGCGAACGCUUUCGGGAAAUUGCCAAUAUAUUUUAUGACAUUUCAUGGUCAGCAAACCAUCAAAGUAGUAAUGGAUACAGUUGAGCAUGCAACAUAUGUACAUGACAUAGCUCACGUAAUAAUCGACAAUGUGCAGUUUAUGAUGGGAACAAGUGAUAGUUCAAAACAUGUCGACAGAUUUUGGAAACAAGAUGAUAUAGUAGCAAGAUUUCGGAAUUUCGCCACCAAGUGCAAUUGUCACGUAACCAUGAUAAUACAUCCGAGAAAAGAACGUGGUGACGAAGAAUUGACAACUUCGUCAAUUUUUGGCAGUGCAAAAGCAAGUCAAGAAGCAGAUAAUGUGCUUAUUAUACAAGAUAAAAGGCUCACCAGUCUGCGAGGGAAAAAAUUUUUGCAAGUAGCUAAAAAUAGAUAUAGCGGUGAUUUAGGUAUUAUGCUGUUAGAAUUUGACAAAUUAAGUCUUGGUUAUACCUCAAGGUUAAAGGUAAAACAGAAAUGCAGAGAAAAAGAUAAAUCCUGGUCGCAGAAACAGCCAACAGAACAAAGUGAUGAAAAGACUGCUUAA